GCGCAGGCGGAAACCUCCCGGUGCCUAGAAAAGCCAGAGGGCUGGCCUGCGAGUUAGUGGGGUGUCGGUGACGCAUUCUUUCUGCGCUUUGUUCCCGGAUGUGAGCUUUCGGCGAGGGUGAUUCCAUUAGGAACUUCCUCACCAACCCAAGGAAGAGAUCAGGCAAUAUCUGUGCUGGGUACAUCCUCUGGAGUGAGGCCGCUGUGCAUAGGAGAGAUGAAUCAGUAACCAAGGACCAUGUGACCACAGCUCAGGGGGACCUGAACAGGAAGAUUAUCCUGGCGAAUUGAAGGAAUACAACCUCCCUAGAGAGAAGGAAAGACUGAGAGAAAUAUCGGAUGUGAGAGAAACACAUCAAUUGGAUUCUCCUGCAUGCGCCCUCACAAGGACCCAAGCCGGGAAGGAGCCUGCAACCAAGAUGGUGAAACUGGAAUUGAGGAGGUAUUGAUCCCAAAGUAUCAUUCCUGAAAAAAUCAGAAUCUCAUACAUUCAAGAGAUCUCCACAGAGAUAUUGCCAAGGAAGUCAAAAUCUAGAAAGCUCCACUGAACGGAAAGAGAAGACUCAGAAGGCCACCGGAUGCUCUAAGCAAGAGAAAAUGAGGCGAAAGAUGAGAAGCUUCAAACACAAAACGGUUAAAGACAAUAAGACACUUCCAGAAGUGAGUGACCAAGAAUCUGAAAAAGAUGGUAGUCAGUGCUCUGAGCCUGCAACAACCAACAGAAUUCAGGCUGAAAAGAGACAGUAUGUAUGUACUGAGUGUGGGAGAGCCUUUAGUCAGAGUGCAAACCUUAUAGUGCAUGAGCGAAUCCACACUGGAGAGAAACCCUAUAAGUGUAAGGAAUGUGGAAAAGCCUUCAGUCACAGCUCCAACCUUGUUGUCCAUCGGCGAAUCCACACUGGACUGAAGCCCUACACAUGUGGUGAAUGUGGGAAAUCUUUCAGUGGUAAGUCCCACCUCACUCGCCACCAGGGAAUCCACAGUGGGGAGAAGACCUAUGAAUGUAAGGAGUGUGGGAAAGCUUUUAGUCAGAGUUCAGGUCUCAUUUCUCAUCACAGAGUUCACACUGGGGAGAAGCCCUACACGUGUAUCCAGUGUGGGAAAGCCUUUAGCCAUAGCUCAAACCUUACUCAACAUGAGAGAAUGCACAAAGGGAAAAAAGUCUACAAAUGUAAGGAGUGUGGCAAAACAUGCGUGUCUAAUACAAAGAUUCUGGACCAUCAGAGAAUUCACACAGGGGAGAAGUUUUAUGAAUGUGAUGAGUGUGGAAAAGCUUUCAUCUUAAGGAAGACCCUUCAUGAACAUCAGAGACUUCAUCGUAGAGAGAAACCUUACAAGUGUAAUGAGUGUGGGAAAGCUUUUACUUCUAAUCGAAACCUUAUUGAUCAUCAGAGAGUUCACACUGGAGAGAAACCCUAUAAAUGUAACGAAUGUGGAAAAACCUUCAGGCAGACUUCUCAAGUUAUUCUACAUUUGAGAACCCACACUAAGGAGAAACCUUAUAAAUGCAGGGAGUGUGGGAAAGCCUAUCGUUAUAGCUCACAACUUCUUCAACACCAGAGAAAACAUACUGAGGAGACAGAAACCUCAUAAAUAACAUAUAUUGUUGGUAGGAAGACUAAUUGCUACUUCUCAGAAAAGCAGUUUUUCAGUAUCAUCAACCUUAACUCUAUUUCUGAAAAUCCAUAAAGGGAAAGUAGUCAGAACCAGACACAGAUUAGCAGAAGAGAAAUUCAUACCAGCAAGGUAUAUAAUUGAAGGAAGAAAACUAGGUUUUUAACAGUACAGGGUUUAAAUUAAUGACAGUCUAUCCAUAGAAUGGUUUUGCAGCCAUUGUAAAGAUUCGUAAAGAAUAUUUAAUGCCAUGGGGGAAAUGAUCUGGAUAAAGAGGAAGAUAAAAAAAAAGAAAUAUCCAAAUUAUAAACAAAACAAAAUACAUCUAUGUAUAGGGAAAAAGCAGAAAUUAAUACCAAACUAAAGUCUUAACAGUGAUUAUUUCUGGGUGACAGGCUUAUAAAUAAUUUAUAUUUUCUUCUUUAUACUUUCCUGUAUUUUUUUUAGAUUUUCUACCAUGAGAAUGUACUAGUUUUAUAUUUAGGUGAAAAGAUGGUAUUUUAAAAAUGCAAUGAGUACAUGCUCAUUUUCACUAAACAGGAAAGGUGCAUGGAACACAGACUCUAAAAUCCACACACUGGCACAUGGUAGCAGUGCAACCAUGAGCAAGUCCCAUCCUUUUAGAGCCUGUUUCCUGUUUAGUAAAAGCAUAAACACCAGUCCUUGGCCUUUGUCAGCUUUAAGAUAAGCUGACUUUAUAGUUGUCAAUCAAAUGUAUAUCCAUUUACACACUGUUAGGUUCAUAGAACACAGCAAACAUUUACUGUAUCCUCCUCUCCCACAGUUGUAGAUGGAUCUGCAGAUAAUAGAGAUCCGCCAAGGCUCCAUCUUCUCAAUAUGUCUACAAAACCAGCAACACGUGUCCUUAUGAAACUGAAACAAUUGCAGGUCCAUAAGUUUUCAAGAGAUAGCACAAUCUAAAAGCAGGAGAAGAUGCGUCCACCUGUUAUGUAGAGUUUAGUAGCUAAAAGUGUAGACUUUGGGUUCAGAGACCCACGUGUUCUAUUCCCAAAUUGACACGCUAGCUUGUCAGUUUUCUAGCUUCAGAUGUAUCUGUAAAAAGGGACUGACUACCUACCUCACAGGAUUGUCGUAUUAAAUGAGAUAAUAACGCGUGUAACGUGACAAACUCAGCAUGCGGUAAAUAAUAAUUGCUUAAGUGUAGGACGUUGAAGCGGUGUUUCUAAACACUUGGCAAGAGUGAUUCCAGAAGAGUUUUCCCUAAGGUGGCAUUUAGGAUAUUUUCAGGUGUAAUGAACACGAUGCCAAGUACUGAAACCUUAAGGACAUUGUUUACUUAAGGGCAAGUCUAGAGGUAAACAGUUCCACAUUUUGUUUGGCAACUCAGCAGUUUAUCAAACUUCCAUCUUAACUGCGUAAUUUUAGCACAGUGGCUUUCAUUUUUCUUGCAGCCUCAUGGUUGCAGGAUGAUGGCCACAGCUUCAAGCUCUUCCCACAACUCCUUCAAACUCAGGAUGUCUUGAGGAAAGGGGCCGCGACUUUCUCAUCUGGCUCCUCUCUCCUUUUAUCAUUGAGGAAAGCCUUUUCCAGAAGGAGGAAGGGAUGCUGAGCAGUCACUUCUGUAGGUGCUCACUGGCUUCCUCUGCCUUUCUUUAGGUCCAGCCCUCUGAGAAGGCCUUAGACCAGUGGUUCUCAACCUGUGGGUCUCGACCCCUUUGGCGGUCAAAAGAUCCUUUCACAGGGGUUGCCUAAGACCAUCCUGCAUGUCAUAUAUUUACAUUACGAUUCAUAACAGUACCAACAUUACAGUUAUGAAGUAGGAAUGAAAAUAAUUUUAUGGUUGGGUCACAACAUGAGGAACUGUAUUUAAAGGGCCAGAAGGUUGAGAACCACUGCCUUAGACCCUUUUCAACCAGCAUUUUAAACUUUCAAGUCCGUAGCUCAAAAUCCAUCCAGAAACACUUAGCAUCUCCCCGUACUUAACUCGGCCAUUUGUUCCUCUUUCUUUGCCAACAGUGAAUCCCUAAGCCUAAUGCCAUUUGUCUUAUGCACAUAGUAAUGUAUUGUUUCAGAAACUUUUGAGGAGGUGUUAUCUUAUUUAAUCCUUUUAACUUUUGUACAAGAAAAUUGAGUCUCAGUGAGGUUAGGCGAUGGGCUAAUUAGUGGUUGGAGUCAGGAUUUGAACUCAGAUCUGACUUUCAAGUCUGUGCUUUCUUCCUUAUACCAAAGUGCCUCAGCCCACCCUGUUGGCUUUAUAUGUGAGUGGGAGACCAGUUGGGAUUCUUCUGAGUAGCCACUUCGGUGAAAGGUGGUUAUUUCAUCAUGGUUUUAUAAGGAAUAUGCUAUUUGUCUUUUCUGAGUAAUUCUGUUGAAUCUCAAUCCCAGAAGACUACAUUUUAACUCUGUAUCCUCAGCGACAGACUUCACUGUUUUUUUUUUUUAAUCGAAUAUAGAUAAAAUAGUAUCCGCAUAUUAUUAGAUUGUUUUUAGAAACUAGACUGUUUUUAAUCACCUCUGAAGUCAUAAAACUGGUCAUAAAACUGUUUUGCAGGAAGUAGUUAUAAUUUUGCCAAUAAAUAUCUGUUGUUAUUUACUUGUUAUAAAUAUCACCGAUUUUUCUUUUUCUUUUCGCUUCCUUCCUUUGUUCAGAAUGGGAAGCAAACAGUUCAGUUUGCUUUUCUUUAAGCAGAUAUUUUUUGAAUAAAGAAGUGAUUCUGGUUUGUUUUUGAUGCAAAUGCAAGCUUGUUUUCAUACUUGUAAAUAUGUAAAUGAAACCUCACGAACCAUUAGAUUGUGUCUUCUGUUAGUUUCUUUGAGGACUUGUACAGCCACUUGUCCCACCUCCUCUCUGGCCUCACCUGAGUUUCAAACCUGUACUAUUACGUGGACCUCCCUUGGUGGUAUGAAACCUGCCAUGUUCCCAAAGUCCAUUUUGGCUUCAGAAGGUAGGUUU